CAUGCUGUGUGUUAGGCCUGGAAUCCCCCUUCUGUCCCAGGUCACUGGGAGCAGCAGCCCUGGGGUGCUCCGCACCCCUUCUUGCACAGGAAAUGAACAUUUGGCCCCAGUCAUGUGUGUGGCAGAUAUACCCCCCUCCCCCCGCAAGGUCACCCAGCUGCCUCCUCUCCUCGCUAGUGUUCAAGGAGAAACCAAGGGGAGGGGGAGGGGAAAGUGAAACAGAGUCCUUUGAGCCCCGGCUAUUUGGGGGAUUAUUUUUAAACUCUCCCUUGCAGUGGAGCCUUUGAUAAAUUAUUCAUUGGACAGAAAAGGCUGCCGCUGAAGUGCUGAUGUCAGGAGGAAGGAGUCUAGUGCAGCAGCCCUGGUGCUGCUGCUUCUGCUGCAGAGAGACACUCAGCCUGAGCGUAAGGGUGCAGCAUGCUGCCUGGCUCCUACUCCUGCUCCAGCCUCUUGUGCAGUAGCAGCAGCGGCAGCAGGGCCCGGGCCAAGGGUGCAGGGCCAAAAGGGGACCGCGAGGAAGAGGAGGAGGGAACGGUAUGGCUCUCCUCCGAAGCAGUGGCUGCAGCGGUGGUUCUCUCUGUCUCCUGGUUCUGGCGGUGGCAUGCCUACUGCAGCGUGCCCAGGUGAAGAAGCCAGUCCGAUGCCCUGCCACAUGCAGCUGCACCAAAGAAUCCAUCAUUUGUGUGGGGUCUCCUGGUGUGCCGCGAAUCAUCCUCAGCGACAUCAGCUCCUUGAGCCUGGUAAAUGGAACCUUUUCUGAAAUCAAGGACAGAAUGUUUGCCCAUCUGCCCUGCCUGCAGCUGCUCUUGCUGAACUCUAACUCGUUUACUAUCAUACGGGAUGAUGCCUUUGCUGGUCUCUUCCAUCUAGAGUACCUAUUUAUUGAAGGAAACAAAAUAGAAACCAUUUCAAGAAAUGCAUUCCGUGGUCUUCGCGAUCUGACUCACCUUUCUUUGGCUAAUAACCACAUUAAAGUUCUGCCAAGGGAUGUCUUCAGUGAUUUAGAUUCUCUGAUUGAAUUAGAUUUAAGGGGAAAUAAAUUUGAGUGUGACUGCAAAGCCAAGUGGUUGUUUGUGUGGUUAAAGAUGACAAAUUCCACUGUUUCUGAUGUCCUGUGUAUUGGUCCAGCAGAAUACCAGGAUAAGAAGUUAAAUGAUGUCACAAGUUUUGAUUAUGAAUGCACCACUACAGAUUUUGUUGUUCAUCAGAUUUUGCCAUACCAGUCAGUUUCAGUGGAUACAUUCAACUCUAAGAACGAUGUGUACGUAGCCAUUGCACAGCCUAGCAUGGAGAACUGCAUGGUACUGGAAUGGGAUCACAUUGAAAUGAAUUUCAGAAGUUAUGACAACAUCACAGGUCAGUCCAUUGUGGGAUGCAAAGCAAUCCUGAUCGAUGACCAGGUCUUCGUGGUGGUGGCACAGCUCUUCGGUGGCUCACAUAUCUACAAGUAUGAUGAAAGCUGGACAAAGUUUGUCAAAUUCCAGGACAUAGAGGUCUCUCGCAUUUCCAAGCCAAAUGAUAUAGAGCUGUUUCAGAUAGACAGCGAAAAGUUUUUUGUCAUAGCAGAUAGCUCUAAAGCUGGUCUGUCAACAGUUUAUAAAUGGAAUAACAAAGGAUUCUACUCUUACCAGUCCCUGCAUGAGUGGUUCAGGGACACAGAUGCUGAGUUUGUUGAUAUAGAUGGAAAAUCUCAUUUAAUCCUGUCGAGCCGCUCACAGGUUCCCAUUAUCCUUCAGUGGAACAAAAAUUCAAAAAAGUUUGUCCCACACAGUGAAAUCCCCAACAUGGAGGAUGUCUUGGCUGUGAAGAGCUUCAGGAUGCAAAAUAGCCUCUACAUAACGCUCACAAGGUUUAUUGGUGACUCCAGAGUCAUGAAGUGGAAUAGCAAGCAGUUUGUGGAGAUACAGGCUCUCCCGUCUCGAGGGGCAAUGACACUGCAGCCUUUCUCCUUUAAGAAUAAUCACUACCUAGCUCUAGGAAGUGACUACACCUUCUCCCAGAUAUAUCAGUGGGAUAACGAGAAGAACCUCUUUAGACUAUUUAAAGAAAUCUAUGUGCAGGCACCUCGCUCUUUCACAGCUGUGUCAACUGAUCGAAGAGAUUUUUUCUUUGUUUCUAGUUUUAAAGGAAACACACAGAUAUUUGAACAUAUAAUUGUUGACUUGAGUUUAUGAGGGCUGUUGGAGUGAAGCUCAUGUACAAUGAGACAUUUUCACUUAUCAGAAACAGCAACAAAAAGACAGAUUAUUCAUCUCCAAAAAUAGGGUGUACUUGUGGAACUAGUAAGAAGUUUUCUGAACUUUUAGAAUUUGCAUAUUAACCAGGAAUUGCAAUGACUUGGUUAACUGCAUGACAUGUCCAUUUUACCAUUUUUAAAGACAUUUUAAAACCUGUAAUUAUUCAAAGGAGUGUGCAAUGCAUUAGGAUUAAUUCUGAUAUCUAAGACAGCUAUGUGAAUUUUACCUAAGAAAUUGAAUUAAAUUGGACACCUUGUAGAAACAAGAGAGGAGAGAAAACAAUGUCAAACAUGGAAACUAUUCUUUCCUUUAAGCCUAACAUUUCAAUAAUGAUACUUAAGAGUAAAGUCAACUGCACAUAUUUGUUGAUGAAUUGUAUAAAUUGACAUCAACCUUCAAAAACAUUUUUUGGUCAUCUUGCAGUUGAUGGGCAGCAUCUCUUUGUUCUUUAUAAUAAAACAAAGGUCAUUGUUUUAAUUCAUAUUGAUACUAGAUGAGAGGGAAAGUUAAAAAUUCUUUGACCUCUUCCUGUUGAUAUCAGAGAGGAAGCAUGGAUACAAAAAAAUCACUGUGGGUGACGGGAUGGCAAUGAAAUAUAGGGCCUUUCACUUCUAGAUAAUGGAUUCCCUUCAGCUUCAGGUCAAUAGUGACUGAAAGUGGCUGAUAGUUGUUUGCUGGCAUAUCUGAACUCAGCUGGUCUUAGUUCAAUUUGUAGCUCAUAAGUCUCUGUUUCACAAAUGCAACUCUCUAACUGGCACGAACUCACACCCCUACUGGUAGUCUCAGUAGUGUGCCAAGGAUUUUAAUGAGUAUGGAAACUGAACUACUCUGUCACUCUUAGGCCUGGUCUACACUACAGGGUUACGUCGACCUAAGUUACGCAACUCCAGCUACGUGAAUAAUGUAGCUGGAGUCGAUGUAGUUUAGGUCGACUUGUUGCGGUGUCUACACUGCACUGGGUCGACAGGAGAAACUCUCCCAUUGACUUACCUUAUGCUUCUCAUUUCAGUGGAGUACUGGAGUCGACAGGAGAGUAUUUGUGGUCGAUUUAGCAGGUCUUCACUAGACCCACUAAAUCGACCCCUGGUGGAUCAAUCACCGCAACAUUGAUCACCGGUAAGUGUGGUCAUACCCUUAGAGGAGGUCCUGCUUAAUCUAGAUUGAAGCUUACUUAUGGGUCAGUGCAGGGAAGCCUGUGUUAGUGUUGCCUGUGCUGGAGCUGUUCCAUACAUAAAGAGAGCACUUCAUUCCAUAAAGUUUCUCAUCUCCUAAAUUAGAUUUCUGAAAACUGCAAGCUGUAUUUUGAGUGAUCCUCCCACCAUAUGAAAGCCAUAUUCUCCUCUGGUAUAACCAAGUCCACUGAAGUCAAUGGAGUUGUAACUGCCUCAGAUUAGUGCUAAUGUUAGCAAUAAAAGUACAGUGCUAGCUAAGAAUUUUCACUUAGAUCACCCCACGCUAUCCAACUGACAAAUGGCUCUGGGAAUGCCAAACUAUGGAAGCUCUAUUGGACCAUAUUUAGCAGUCUUUUAAACUCAUUUUUGGGUGAAUGCAGGCUAUAGUGUUUAUUCAUCAUCACAAAUGGGUCAGUCGUGGCAUAGUCACCAUGCAUAGUCACUCUUCCAAGAUGACAGAGAGGGGCUGUGCAUUCAGCCACAUGAACAGAGCCUUAUGGUGGAAGCCAUGUCUCUCUACAUGCUUUUGAGACAGUUUUAUUAUAGCAGAGUCCUUCUCUGACUCACCACUACAAAUGCCACUUUACAUUUUCAUCUUGGAUUCACAUAUUAAAUUUUCUACUUUAUCAUGAGACUUUUUGCUGCAUGCUAUGGAAUUUAUAAGGCUUUGUAAAGGAAGCUGAACAAAUGAAACAGGUCAAUAUCCUUCCCCAGGCAAGGUUAUCACAGCCUUGCUGCUCUGACUGAGCCUAACAUUUCUCAUCAUGGAUAAGUAGCAACAUGCCCAGUUAUUACAAAUGUAAAUGUCUCUUGCUGACUUCUGGUUUAAAGAUGCCCAGCAUGUAAGCAAUACUGCAUGAGUGGAUUAGGAUGUGACAGCUCCUCUCCUUGAAAUAAUAAUCCACCUAUGACCUGAAGCAUCAUUGCUUUCAUUGAAAAUAUUCUAGAUCAUAUGAAAUCAAAACAUUACUGGCCUGCCAGAAACAUAGUUCAUAUUAUUGACAUUUGUAAAUUUCAUUUAAGAAUAUUUUCCACUUAGCGGAUAAUCCCAGGUUUUAUUUUAUCUAAAUAUAAAAGCUGUGGGGAGGCUUUAAGUGAUCCUGCACUGCUACUUCAUAGUGCUAAUGGCCCUCAAUUCCUGUUGAUUUCAGUCAGAGCUGAGGAUUGUAUGAUUGGGCCCUGAGUUGCUAAAGGCAGUUGUUUUGUAGUUGUAUUAAUAGGUCUUCUAAGACUAAAUUAAUGGGUCCUAUGUGACUCAGAUAUGAUAACCACAUGGCUGACAGCCAACCACAUUUCUUCCAUUAUUCCAGCGUGCUUGAGGAAGCCUUAUCGAUUAAAGACGCUCCUGUAAUAGUACAGCCAUGAUGUAGAUGGCUCUUUAAAUUCAGGAGCCGUCAGAAAACACCGUACACAAUGUAGCCACUCUUCUAUAUGUAUCCAAUAUGAAAAUGUAAAUACACUUUCGUUUUCUGUCCACGAGGAGCAUAUCCCCGUGUGCUAACUCUUUCUUUCAGGGAUCCUUGCCAGUGUUAUGUACACAACCGGCCUUUUUGAGCACGGUCCUGAUCACACAUUUGGGAAGAACCAUAAAUGAGAAAACUUACAGGCAAUAAAAAUGAAUCCUGAAGCCCAGCACCUGAUUUCAAGAGAGAUGAUGGUGGUCCGGAAUUCCCCACCACCACCCCCCACGGCAAGAGACUAUAUCUUUUUUGGUGAGUGGAGGAGGGGGAAGUGAGGUGUACUCACUUGUGGGUAAGGAAGAGGAUUUCAGGCUCAACUAUCAGGGCCAGUGAAAUUAACAUUGUCCUAUUAUUACAACCAUGGCUACAGAGACAAAGUGAUCUACAGAGGCUAGCUCAUUCCCAUGGGACCUAAAGAACUGAUUAAAACAGAUUCUUUGGGUAGACUGAUGUUUCUGCUGAACAGGUCAGUUGCCCAGAGAGCUGAGAUCAUCAGUCCUUUUACAGCUUCUGCAGUGAGUGUGUAGUUGGAAGGUGGCCUACCUUUUCUGCUGACUAGGUGUAGUGAGAUCAAAGGAACUAGGAGGGAGGUUGAAGGGAAAUAAGUGGAUGAAGAAAAGGGAUUACAGUAAGCCUCCCAUUGUUAAAUAAAUGUAGUAUCUGGGAAGGAUCCUUGAAAUUCCUAGUCUCCACUGUUUCUGCUCCAAGGAGCUGAUCUAUAACACAACCAUGAAAACUGAAAUUAAAAAAGGGGAUAAAAGGAGGGGUUGGAUUUUGUUGUGAAAGUAACCAAGAGUCUAAAACAUAAAGUGCAAAACUUCAAUAAAAUAAAGUACACAUUUUCUUCUGUCUGUCCAAAUACAGCUACUAUAUCAUCUCCAUUGCCUAUAUAACUUUGGUUUUGAGUAAUAAAUAAACUACACAUACCCCAUCAUUUCACUGAAACUAUCAGAAACAUCAGGAAGGGCACUGGCAAAGGAUAACACAACGUACCAUUUGGUACAGUUUUUAUGUAUUUUAAAAUGUAUGUAAAAUGCAGUAAUUUAUAUAAAAUACAUUUACUACAGUAUGAAGGCUACAAUGGAAGAGCAUUUUAAGGCUGUAUAUACAUUUAGCUCUUUUUGGUAAGGAGAUAAUGACUUAAUCUGUGCGAGUAAUACACAUGUAAUCUUUAAUUAUAUGAAUAAAAAGUAGUUACUGAGACAAAUAA